AUGCUCCGCCAAUCCGUCCGUCCCCUCUCAACCGCCAACCGCGCUCUCACCCGCUCCUUCUCUGCUCUUGCUCCCAGAAUGGGUGAAGGUGACACUGGUGCUCCUCGUGCUGGCGGUAUUCAGAGCGGGGAUUCCUUCACACGCCGGGAAGCUGCACAGGAAAGCCUGUACAUCCACGAGAAGGAGAAGGAGAAGCUCGCAUCUCUCAAGAGAAAGAUCCAGGAACAGCAAGAGCAUCUCAAUGAGCUUGAUAAGCAUCUUGAGGAGCUGAGCCGGAACCAGGGCGGCGAGAAGAACUAA